AUGUGGCGUCAAGGUGAAGUCCCGCAAGAUUUCGAAGACGCAACCAUCGUGCAUCUCUACAAGCGAAAAGGGAACAGCCAAGUCUGCGACAAUCACCGCGGCGUCUCCCUGCUGAACAUCGCCGGGAAGAUCUUCGCUCGCAUCCUCCUCAAUCGUCUGAAUAAUCAUCUGGAACAGGGCCUUCUGCCAGUAAUUCAAUGCGGUUUCCGUCGCCAUCGUGGGACCACGGAUAUGAUCUUCGCCGCCCGUCAACUUCAGGAGAAGUGCCAGGAGAUGCGGACCCACCUGUACUCUACCUUCGUGGACCUGACGAAAGCCUUCGACACGGUGAAUCGUGAAGAACUGUGGAAGAUCAUACAGAAAUUCGGCUGUCCGGAGCGAUUCACUCAGAUGGUGCGUCAGCUGCACGACGGUAUGAUGGCGCGAGUCACGGACAAAGGAGCUGUCUCAGAGGCAUUCGCCGUGACCAACGGAGUGAAGCAGAGAUGCGUGCUAGCGCCUACCCUCUUCAGUCUUAUGUUCUCUGCCAUGCUGAUGGACGCCUAUCGUGAUGAGCACCUCGGGAUCUGA